AUGGCUGAAGAAGGUCAAGUUAUUGCCUGCCACACCGUUGAGGCCUGGAACGAGCAGCUCGAGAAGGGAAAGGAAAGCAAGACCCUGAUUGUGGUUGAUUUUACUGCUACCUGGUGUGGGCCUUGUCGUUUCAUCACUCCAAUUCUGCAAGAUUUGGCUAAGAAGAUGCCUCAUGUCACGUUCUUGAAGGUGGACGUGGAUGAAUUGAGGACUGUUGCUGAAGAUUGGGCUGUUGAGGCAAUGCCUACUUUUAUGUUCUUGAAAGAAGGGAAAAUCGUGGACAAGGUUGUUGGUGCCAAGAAAGAGGAACUGCAGAUGACAAUUGUAAAGCAUGCCACAGAGGUUGCAGCAGCUUAAUGGAUGAAGAACACUAGGACUUCCAUGUCCAC